AUGUCUGAGGGUAACAUGGAGCAUGGAAAGGUGCCUGGAAAUGCAGUGGCUAGGUUGCAGCCUGCAAGAGGGAACAACUUAAGCAUGAUGGACAAAAAAUUGAAUCUUUUGAAUGAAAAGGUAGAUAAAUUAUUGAGUUUCCAAGAAGACUUGAAUGGCAAGCUACAAAAGGUGAACCAAGGCAUUGAUGACAUAGGAAAGAACAUUAAUAAGUUAACAGCAUCUCAAGCAUCCACUGCUCAGACUGAUACAACAAAAAGAGGCCUAAAACCUGGAGACAAUAUUCACCCAUCUGAGACCGAAAAUGCGUGCUCAGAAAUGUUGAAGCUGAUGAGAGCUACACAGCAAGAUGCCUUGAAGCACAGGGAGAGGCUGGAAAAGAUAGAAAAAAUGGUUGAUACUGUGGAUAAAGUCAUUACAUUUGUGGGAGAGACAUUCAAAAAUUCUAAAGUAGUGGAUUUCAUUCUGAGAGGCAUUGUACCCUGGAAGAAAGGGAAUCUGGUUGAAAUCCUAAUGGAGACUAAAGAUAAACCUGAAGAGAAGGGUGCAAAACCAAAACAUGUACCUAGCAACAGAGGAGUCCAGGCUGAAGGCAAGGAGUUUUUGGAAGAGCCCAAAGGAGAAGAAAAGUUGGAUGAAAAUAAUGGAGCAUGUGAAAAAGUAAACUCUUUCAGUGCUGUAGUCUCCAAAGUUGACUCCAGUCCACAAGUUAAAGAAAGGACAACACAGCUGCAAACAAUAGCAGGUUCUGGCAAAACAAAUAGCUCUAAGAAUUGUCAACCACAAAAGGACACUGUAAUUACAGCUUUGAUUCCAAACCAUGGUCUUCCCUUCAUAAAUCAUGGCCCCGUGGGGAACAAGAAUGUUAUUACUGAAGGAAUUGAUAAGGACAGAGCACCAGGACUGGAAGAACACCACAGAAAGUCUAUUAAUCAGAAAUCAAAAGAAAGUGAAAACAAAGCCUCUACACUCAGUGCUAUGACCAUGGAAGCCAUGCCAUCCACAUCAAAGUCUGUAUCCAGAGCAGGGUGUGAAGUGAUACGUACAAGGAUUUCCAUCAAUGUGCAGAUGACUGACACCCAAGAAAAGUUUCCAGUGGCCAAGGAAGGAAGCAUUGGUGGUCACGGAGGUACACGUUCCAAAGUAAAAUCCCCUUUCUCCUCACCACUGGAAGUUGAAGGUGUUAAACAUCUGACUGACAAAUUUAAACAGAAUCCAUGCCCCCCAAACACCAGAACUGACCCAAUUCAAGAAGUAAAAGGGGUGAAGCUUGCUAAUAAACACAAUGAACAGGAACUCAAAUUAGGGAAGCCACAGAUGCUGUUGAACAAAGUCUCAACUGAUAAAAAGCCCCUAGAGAAAUCAGAGCUAAAAUGCAACUCCAUGUCCUCUCAAAGCACAACUGAAAACUGUACUAAAAAAGAUCUUGUGGCCAAAAUGAAAAGCCAUAAAGAAACAACAAAGACAAUGAAAGAAUCCACAAAGGAUGCUAGAGCUGAAUUAGAAUUAAAAUGUGUGGAAUUAGAAAGCACAUACGCAGGACAAAAAGAAGACAAUGCAAAUCAAUGUACAGGAGAGGCCCCAGAAAACACUACAUCAGUAGGAGCCAGCAAAGCCUUUGGCAAGCAGGAUGAAGGAAUCAUUGAUGACGGCCCUCCUCCUCCUGCGCCCUUUGAACAUCGGGUAGUGAGUGUCAAACAAACAGAGAUAACAACAUGCUACUCAGUUUGCCGGCAUGAAGUAUUAGGAGGGGGGCGUUUUGGUCAAGUUCACAAGUGCACAGAGGUGUCAACUGGUCUUACUCUGGCAGCCAAAAUAAUAAAAGUGAAAGGAGCAAAGGAGAGGGAGGAAGUGAAAAAUGAAAUAAACAUCAUGAACCAGUUAAAUCAUGUGAAUCUGAUCCAGCUUUAUGAUGCUUUUGAAUGCAAGAACAACCUCACCUUGAUCAUGGAAUAUGUUGAUGGUGGUGAAUUAUUCGACCGAAUCACAGAUGAAAACUACCAUCUAACUGAGUUGGAUUCAAUCCUUUUUACCAAACAAAUAUGUGAAGGAGUCCACUACAUACAUCAGCAGUAUAUUCUCCAUUUAGACCUGAAGCCUGAAAACAUAUUGUGUAUAAAUUGCACAGGAAACCAGAUUAAAAUUAUUGACUUUGGUUUAGCAAGGAGGUACAAACCUCGUGAGAAGCUGAAAGUUAAUUUUGGCACUCCUGAAUUCCUGGCUCCUGAAGUGGUGAACUAUGACUUUGUUUCAUUCCCAACUGACAUGUGGAGUGUAGGCGUCAUCACGUACAUGCUGCUCAGUGGCUUAUCACCAUUCCUAGGAGAAACAGACGCAGAGACAAUGAAUUACAUAGUGAACUGCAGCUGGGAUUUUGAUGCAGAGGCAUUUGAACAACUCUCAGAAGAGGCAAAAGACUUUAUUUCAAAACUCCUUGUGAAGGAGAAGAGUUGCAGGAUGAGUGCAGCACAGUGUCUGAAACACGAGUGGCUAAAUGAUCUGCCUGGCAAAGCCAAGAAAUCCAAGCUUUGCCUGAAGUCCCAGUUGCUGCUACGAAGUUACAUGGCUCAUAGAAAAUGGAAGAAACAUUUCUAUGUGGUUGCUGCUGCCAAUCGGCUGAGAAGGUUUCCGAGCAUGUCUGUCAACCUUGCAUAAGCUGCUGUGGAAGAGCUAUAGGCCUUAGAGCUAGAGAUGAAGCAGAGAAAAAAGGACUGGAUGUUUCUCUCUCUUCCCCCACCACUUCUGCCAUCCUCAUGUUAUGUAUCAUGCGUGUGCUUAGGUACCCCAACUGUCUCUGAGCACAACCUAGAAUGAAUUUUACUAAUCUUUAUAAAACAGGGGUUUCCAUAGUUCUGUUUUACAAGCUCUCAGCUACUGGACAUAGUGAUACAUAAAUAUUCCAGAUACAACUCCACUCCUAGCUAUGAUGAUACGCUCAUAAUUAGCAGCUAAGUUCCUUGAGUGGGACCCAUUUCGUUUGAAAGUCUUUGAUUAUUUAUAUGGCUCCCAAGGGUGGAGUAUAGCAGCAAGCACCUGCUCAGCAGCAGUGGAAUACCUUAAGACUUUCUGUGUUAAUGAGGCGCUGUACUAUCACUUUUAGGGUAUUGUAACAGUGGUGAUAGAUUUGGAGGGAUAACAGUGUUAUAGUUUCCCCAAAGAAAAUUUUUACUUAAAGCUAAAUACCCAGGGACAAAACUGAGGUUGAGAAAUGCGGUUUUUCUACAUUUCUUCUAACGGGGUUGAUUUUUUUUCUGUCUUUUCCCCCUACCCACCGCUGCUUUUUUUUUUUUUUUUUUCCACAGAAGCAUCACACUAAUGCAUAGCAAACUAGUCAGAGUAGAAAGAAAAAGUGUCUUCCACAUUAUCCUUUAAAACAAAAUCCACUGCUUUCAGAGAGAUUUAAAACCUGGCACAAGUUAAGACAGAUUGUCCCCUACUGCCCUAUUUUUAUAAUGGGUUAAACUGAUUAAAUAGCUCUUCUAGGUUGGUAUGAAUCUAGGUUCAACUGCCACAAAUGAAAAAGAAUUGGGAUGACAAUCUGGUGGAUGCAGUACUGUGCAGUUAGGUGUCACCUCCUCCCCAGGAACAGAGGUUUUCUAAGUUUAUAGUUGAGUUCAACACUUCUGCCAAAUACCAUGAAGCGUAACAGACAAGCUACUGCUUUGUAACAGAUGAACUGGUUUUUGUUUCUGUUCAGCUGCUGGGGAAGGGAGGGACAGAGGAGGAAGGAUCAGUGAAUUGCCAGCCUUUGACUCUCUUCCAGUCACAUGGGAACUGUUGCCCUUUUUCUGAUGGUUUAAAAACAAAAAUUAAUUGGUAUUGUGAAGAAAAAGGUUAACUUAAAAAAAUCAAAAAAAUUUUUUUCUGAUACUUAUAAAGCUGGAGGCACCCCAUCUAACAUAAGCCCAGUAUUAGUUGUUUCCUUAAUGUUUAUCAGGCACUUUUGUAGAGGUGGCUGGCAUGCUAUUUCCUUUGUGGCUAACCUAGAGGCUGCACCACUCUAUGUGAGCUGAUUAAAAUAAUGUAUCACUAACAGUAGCAGCUUAAGACUGCACAUUAAUCGUAAUCAAAUCACAAUUUUACUCCCAUUAACUCAUAGCUCUUCAAUUGCUUAAGGUGGUUGUUGCUACCAGCCCUCAUCAAGACCUUAAAAAUUGCUUACCCUACUUUAAUGUUAAGCUUGUCUAGCUUUUCAGUUCUAGAACAUCUCCCUUCAUGUCCAGAUGGACUGGACUUGUACAGCACUUUCGGCAUAAUAUCAGAGGACAACAAAAGUUACAUGAAAAAAUCCUGAGAAGGGAUCACCUUCUAUGAAGGCCCACGCUUGUUCACAAUUCCCCUCCCCAGUGACACUGCAUGGUAAAUAGUUAUUGUUAGUAUGCCUAGUUAUGAAAUUAACACUAAUAAAUCUCAGUAAAAAUGUAA